AUGGAGCCUAUCCGGAACGUCGCACUCUUGGGGAAAGGAUGGCUGGGAUCCGCAAUCUUGGAACAGCUUGUUAAUUCAGGCUUUCAAGUCACGGUGCUGAGUCGCACAGCUCGCUCGGCGGAUGAACCUCCUGCCAGCAUCAAGACUCUGCAAGUCGAUUAUUCGUCUAUUGACAGUCUUGUAUCGGCUCUCCAGGGCCAGGAUGCUGUGGUAUCUACCGUUGGCUCGUCGGGUAUUAGCGCACAGAAGACGGUCAUCGAUGCCAGCAUUCAGGCUGGUGUCCGACGCUUCAUCCCUUCCGAUUUUGGGGCGCUUACGACCAGACCUGGAGGAGAGUCGCUUCCGCUGAACGCAUUAUGGAUCGAAAUUCAGAAAUAUCUCAAAGAAAAGGCACUAAGCGGACAGAUCGAGUACACACUCUUUGCUGUUGGGCCCUUCCUGGAGUUUGUCAUGUCGAUGCCGUUUUUGACCGACCUGCAGACUCAAACAGCUCCUCUGUAUGACAAUGGUAUGCACACUUUCAGCUCAACCAGUGUGUCAAGUGUCGGAAAAGCUGUUGCUGGUGCUUUGAAGAAUGCCCCAGCGACAAAAAAUCGCUUGGUUAGCGUUCACGACAUUGUCCUGACUCAAAACAAAGUUCUGGAUCUGGCAAAGAAGUACUCUGGGCCUGAUGUCAAAUGGAUCGAGGAUCCAGUGAACGCAGCGGUUGAGCUUGAGACAAUCCUCGAGAAUACCAAGCAGGGUGACUUGGACCUCUUCAAAACACUGGCACUGCUCAAAGCUGCACUCCUGGGUGGCAAGUUUGAAGCCGAGUUCAAGAUUGUGGAUAAUGACCUUGUUGGAGUGCCCCUUCUUUCCGAUGAUGAAUUCGAGAGGAUCUUUGCUGCGGCUUUCAAGCCGAGCCAGAUUAUUGCACAGGAGAACCUCGAGGCUAAUAUCGAAGGGAUUCAAGGCGAGGCUUAG